CCCUGUCUUGCAGAGCCUCUAAGAGAGGUAAUCCCAGAGACCAGCAAACACCCCCUAAAGCCCCUCUUUUCAGACAAAGGGAACCUGGUAAAGUGCAUCUGGACCAUCUGACCUCAGUUAUCUCUGAAUGAGAAUCAGCGAUGAGGUUCUACGCACUUCUCUUCCUUGUCAUUCUCACUUGUUUGUACCUGACCGUGGCACAGGGUUCCUAUGAGGACUGCUGCCUGAAGUAUGUGAAGAGAGUCAGGCCAUCUGUCAAGGGAAUGGUCAGGAGCUACAGGAAGCAACAGCUAGAUGGAGGAUGCAAUAUCCCUGCCAUUGUGUUUUCGAUGAAGCGAGGCCGGGUAUUCUGUGCUGACCCAAAGCAGAUAUGGGUGCGGCAUCUGAUGAAACGCACAGACAACAUGGCUCGAAGCUUCAGAGGGUGAUGGAGAGAGGAAAGAGAGACACCAUAGCAGAACAAUGGUGAAAGAGACGUCAAACCCCUCCACACUGUCCUUCAGAGCUUUAGACUGCAGUCUGACCGGUGCACAUAUUGGACAGACACACCCUACAGACGCUGUUUACUCCACUGUUCUCUCCCCACUGCUUAGCGCAUUAGGAGCCAAACAUUUCUUUUUUGUUAAUGCCACUUUCAUAGACACACAGGCUGGCACAGACACUAAAUAACACAGGCGCUCAUGCUGGCUGAGGUCUCACUGUCACUGAGAGAGAGAGAGAGAGAGAGAGAGAGAGAGAGAGAGAGAGAGAGAGAGAGAGAGAGAGAGAGUGAUAUUCAACAUGACUUAAACUAUCUGCAUGUUAUUCACACCUUGCUGUCCUGUGAGUUUGUAACAGUGUAAUUCUCACUGUGUCAGGGAUAUCUUUAUUACACAAAGUCUGAACAAGCCCAAUGAGGUAAUUGCAGGUGAGGUCCUCUCUCCCGCACACAAACAGGCCAGGAAGGAUGAUCUUUAAGUUUGCUGUGUUUUUUUUCAGUAGUGUAGAAAUUCAACAGCUAAUGGCUGAUUAAAUUAACUUUUUUAUGUAUCUCGUUUUGUACUGAUGUAUUCCAAAUCAGAAUAUUAAGAGUGAAGUCUGUCCUGUGGCUAGGAACUGAUAUUAAACAAAGUUAAUACUAUGCUGCUUUGUGUCAGCUGUGCUGAGUAUGCAGGCUAGUUGUUGUAUCUUUACUGUCAUCAUGUAAUGAUGGUACACUGUAGGUACUGAGGAUGCUUUCUUUUUUGCUAAUAGAAGUGUAUUGUGGAUAUGUGGCAUUUUCCGACUUUUUUUUUACCUACCACUGUUUGUAUAAAAGGUUAAUAAAACUUUAAACUAUC